CCGAGGCUGCAGCUCCAUUUUCAGGCCUUGACGGGCGUCCUGCCACAGGGGCGCCAGGCCCUGUGGCAGGCGUCUGGGGGCGCCCUCGCUGCCGCUGGGGGCUCGUGGUCAUGCAGAAGAGGGAAAUAGGGGGGCUGCUGUAAUUAGUUUCGGCCUUAAUGAACUGCGGGGCUGAUGCGAGGCAGGAAGGACAGGGAGAAGGCGUUUGUGGCUCCCGAUGUUAUCUACAACUUCGAACAUGAAAACCUUCAACAGGCUUUGAGACUUGACGUGGGAGAUACUGUACAGAUAUUAGAAGAAUGCGCUGGCUGGUACAGAGGCUUCAACUCAAGAAACAGAAAUGUCAAAGGCAUAUUUCCUGCGCAGUUUAUCCAUCUCAAGCCAUUCAAGAUUGACAAUGAAGGUGUUUAUGAAACGGUAACACCCGUGGAAGAUCCUGUCGUUCAAGAGGCGGCAUCCGUGCUGAGAGAAUGGGGGCAAAUAUGGAAGAAACUCUACGUGGAGCUUGGGACACCAAAUGGAGACCAAGAACUAUGGGAUGCUGUCCGGAAGGCCAUGAUGGAUGUGGCGGACUGGAGGAAACAGCUCAUCACUGGAACGCUUACCUCAGACCAAAUAGCGCAACUCAAAUUAAAAAUAACACGGAAAAUAGACUGGGGGAACAGGAAGCUGGGACUUGACCUUGUGCCCCGAGUCGAUGGGGAAAUGGUAGAUCCCGAUUGUGUCAGUGUGGUAGAGCUUCACCAGGUGCAUGUACAAAGUGCUGAAGCUUCACAAACUCACACUCAGGGCCUUGGGACACUUGGGAAGAGGAAGGAGAGGAGGAAAAUCUUGAGUCAUCACUUGUUCUUCUGUAUGAGAGAUUUCUCAUACUAUUUGGGAGAAGAUGCUGAGGUUUUCUUCUCCUUGUAUGACGCACAGAGAGGAAAGAUUAUAAGUGAAAGAUUUCUAGUCAAAUUAUCAAAAGAAGGAUUUUCAAAUUAUAUUGAAAAAAUCCAUAGUAACUGCACAAUAUUUACAGACCUUGGUAGUGGAGACCUAGCAUCAGACUUGUAUAUUGUUGCACAUGUCGUUAGAGUUGGAAGGAUGCUGUUCUCGGAGUCAGUGAAGAAGACCUCAUCCCACUGUUAUCGCAGACCUCAUGGUGUUGCUCUGUUCAGAUUAUCACAGUCUGUUCUCCAAGGCAGUGAGGGAGAGGUUGAGCUAACGGGAAAACUGUUUACUUCUGAUGAAAAAGACUUUUGGCAGCUUCAUGAACUGGUUCUUAAGAAGCAGUCAAACAAAUAUUCUAUCCUGUCUAACAAUGCCAGUUAUGGUUUGGUUGUGAGUGUGAAGGUGGUGCAUGGUGAGUUAGAACAAGCCACCAAGGAAAAUCCCCUGCUGCUCAAAAAUGUGUGUGUUACUAAGAAACUUGGCUUUUCUGAUGUCAUUAUGCCUGGAGAUGUAAGAAAUGACUUGUAUGUGACCUUAAAUAAUGGAGACUUUGAGAAGGGAGGCAAGACUGUUGGUAAAAAUAUUGAAGUUACAGUACUGGCAUUAGACUCAGAUGGGAAAGCUCUGGAGUGUAUUUACAGUGGUAUGGGACAUGAUGGAACCACCGAGUUUUCAUCCAUGAUAAUGUAUCACAACAAUUCUCCCCGUUGGAAUGAACGGCUAAAAGUUGCCAUCCCUAUUGACCAGUUUGCAGGCGCUCACCUGAGACUGGAAUACAGGCAUUGCUCAACUCGUGAAAAGAACGAAAAGAAACUCUUUGGCUUUUCAUUUGUCCGUCUUAUGGAUGAUGAAGGGGGAACAACCUUGCGAGAUGGAUCCCACGAACUCUGUGUUUACAAAUGCGAUGAACGUGGGCGUCUAAACAAUCCUUUGGAGUACCUUUCCAUGCCCUUCCUUGCCAAAGAGGCAGUGGAUUGUAUCUACUCUCUACCAUUCCAGCGGUCACCCAAAGAAAUAAUGGUCAUUGACACUCUGCUAUGCUCAACCAAACUCACACAAAAUGUUGAUCUCCUGUCCUUACUGAGAUGGAGAUCAGCUCCGGAGGGUAUUGGAGAAACACUUUCAAGACUUACCCGUGUGGAUGGUGCAGAGACGGUCAAGUUCCUACAGGAUGUGUUGGAUGCUCUAUUUGCUAUGUUUUCCACGGAUGAUGGGAACUCAACACAGCAUUCUGGCCAUGUCUUCCAGGCCCUAGUCUCUAUAAUUAGCCUUCUUGAAGACAGUAAGUUUGAGCAUUUUAAGCCAGUAAUGGAUGCUUACAUCACUGGCCACUUUGCUGCUGCACUUGUUUACAAGGGCCUUAUCAGUUGUGUGAAGCACCUGUCGGACCUCUGCCCUCAGACCGAGAAGCAGGAACCAAUUAUGAAAUGUUUUCGUUCGCUGGAAUAUAUCUUCAAAUUCAUCAUCCAGUCGCGGCUUCUGUUUGCGAGAGCCACUGGGGGACAGAAUGAAGAUUCCUUUAGAGUUGAUGUGGAUAGUUUAUUUGAAUCCUUUGCUCAUAUGCUCAAUAUGCAUCUGGACAACAUCCAAGCUUCUCAGGUUACAUUACUGGAGCAUCUGCAGGGGGCAUGCGAUCAGCUCACUCGUGUGCUAAGCCCUGGGGAAGUUGCAAACCAUCUCAGUAAUCUCUUCAAUGCCACGCCUGUAGAAAGCACUCGGGAUUUAACCAGGUCCAAACUGCUGGCUAUGAAGAACGCUGUAAAUUCUCAGAUAUUUGAAGACGACGAGGGACGAGGACUGUUACUGGUUACUAUAUGUACUCACUUGAGGCAACAUCUUGAUGGUCGCCUGGAGCUGCGCAUGUGCGGAGAUGUUCUCUCUGAUAUGAUCAUCCUUACUCACAAGUAUAGCAGGAAGUAUCCUCAGAGUAUGGUACCACCAGCACUGCAGCAAGAUAUAGAAACAAUGAUGCUUACAUUGUUUGAUGUGCUGGUCCAGGUGAUCUUGACUCUGGAGCGCUCAGCACCCAGCUCAGGUAGCAGUACCUUAAUACCGGAUGUGAUGGGUCUGACACAGCUGCUGUCUGCUUUCAAGACCAAAUUUGUUCCUACUCACGCUUCAGUAGUCCUGGGGAGUCUGUCAGUGACUCCGUUUGUACAGGACUACACUCGGGGAACCUUAGUAGCAUGCUUAAUGGGCAUUCUGCAGCUUAUGUCCGAGAUACAUUACACCAAGCUGUGGGAGGAGCACUUGAUCUCUGGCACCCAUCAUCUGCGCCACCUUCUGUACUCGACCAUUGUACUGCUGGCAGACCUUGUGAGAGCAGCAGUGUUUCCAAGUGACUGGUUUGUCAUGCGCAUGGUUACCAACCAUACUAUAUUGACAGCCAUGCAGGAGAUUGCACAGCCACUGAUUUCAACGUUUUUGAAGUCAGGAAGAUUUGAUAACCAGGUUUGGAGUAGUUACCUGAAUCUAGCUGUAGGAUUCUUGACGCAGCCUUGCCUGCAGUUGGAGCACUUCUCACAGCAGAAACGUCACAAGGUUUUGGAAAGAUAUAAUGACAUGAGAGUCCUUAUGGGCUUCCAGAUACUUUCCAUGUGGCAUAACUUAGAUGAGCACCGGCUGCACUUCAUACCGGGCAUGGUGGGCCCCUUCUUAGAGGUGACACUAGUGCCGGAGCCAGAGCUACGCAAAGCAACCCUGCCCAUAUUCUUUGACAUGAUGCAGGCAGAACAACAGGCAAAGGGCAAUUUCAAACAGGUUGAAACGGAACUUAUAGAUAAGCUUGAUAUUUUGGUAAGCGAAAACAAGGGUGAUGAUGAAUACCGUCAGCUGUUUAAUACUAUACUUUUGGAGCGCGUGCGUUCAAAUGACCCAGUGUGGAGAGAGAGUGGAACAGCUUUUAUCAACUCUGUUACAAGGCUCUUAGAAAGGCUGUUAGACUACCGCAGCGUGAUGCAGGGGGAUGAAAACUGUGACAAGAGAAUGAGUUGCACAGUUAACUUGUUGAACUUCUAUAAGAAUGAAAUCAAUCGACAAGAAAUGUACAUUCGAUACAUCUAUAAGCUCCAUGAUCUGCACCUCCCAGCUGGAAACUACACAGAAGCAGCAUUCACUCUGCAGCUACAUGCAGAUCAACUCUCUUGGACACAAAGGAUGCUGCAUGCAGAUCACCUAUAUCAAGCACAGACGGAAACCCAGCGAAAAGAGCUAAUUUAUAUGAAAAUCAUAGAUUACUUUGACAAGGGCAAGUGCUGGGAGCAAGGCAUUCCCCUUCUUGAAGAAUUAGCAGGACAGUACAAAACCAGGUUGUUUGACUAUCAGAGACUAAGUGAGGUAUUAAAACGUCAAGCUUCAUUCUAUGAGAAAAUACUUAGUGGCAAGAGAUAUGAUAACGAAUAUUUCCGUGUUGGAUUUUAUGGCCUGGGUCUUCCUCUUUUUGUGAGGAAUAAAGUGUUCAUUUAUCGUGGAUUAGAGUAUGAGCAGAUUGUGGCCUUCACCCAGAGGAUUCAGACAGAAUUUCCUCAGGCUAAAAUGCUCCACCACAAUACUCCUCCUGAUGAUACUAUUCGCUCAUCUGAUGGACAGUACAUCCAGAUCUGUGCUGUGAAGGCAGUCCCAGAGCCAAAUCCAAAGUUUGAGGGCAUUGAAGUUGAUGAAAGAAUUCUCAAAUAUUACACUGUGAACCACGUCCGCCACUUUGUGUAUGACCGACCUACAUACCGUGGACCGGCAGAUAAAGAGAAUGAGUUUAAGAACUUAUGGAUUGAGAGAACUACAUACACAACUGAAUGUGAGCUGCCUGGUAUCCUCAAGUGGUUUGAAGUAGUUGAACAAAGGAUAGAACAGUUGUGUCCACCUCAGUAUGCUUGUGAAACUGUGGAACGCAAUAACAAACAGAUUCGCCAAGUUAUGCAGCACUAUCGUGCCAACCCUCAGGAUAACAUUCAGCCCUUCACAAUGAGGCUUCAAGGCACCAUUGAUGCAGCUGUUAAUGGAGGGAUUGCAAAGUACCAGGAUGCCUUCUUUGGGCCCGACUACCUGGUUGUGUAUCCUGAGUACGCAGAUCAUGUUAAUAGACUCAAGGUCCUCAUAUCAGAUCAGACCAUGAUCUUGGAGGGAGCACUAGAGCUCCAUGGCAAGAUUGCACCGCCAGCUAAUCAACCUCUUCAUAGAAGAUUAGUAGAGGUUUUUGAAGGUUUACGAGCAAAAGUACGGAAGAUGUGCUCAACCCCCCAGUCCCAGCGAUCGACUUCUUCUCUCCAGUCAACUCCCCCACCGCCUCCAACCCACAGGAGGGCAGACUCUGACCCUGCUACAGAGUUCAGGAGAAUGGGAUCAAUUAUCAAAGCUCCUCAUUUCAGCUCCCCUUUGCCACCACUGCCAUCUGAUAAGUGUGCUGUUAGUGUAAGUUCUUCCUCUACAUCCGGCCACUCCUCGCAGAGAUCAUCGCAGGCAUCCUCACUGUAUGCUCAUUUCCACUCAGCUUCUCAUGAUGAUGAGUUGUAUGCCAAGCCUCAGGAAUGGGACGAGGGAGUUGCCAGUAUGCGCGACUCACGGCCCCGAUCUGCCUUUAUUACGGAUAGCAGAGGCUCGUCCCCAAAGUCUCUCUCCAAGUCCCUCAACAAUGAUUAUAUGAUUGUACCUUCUCAGAAAAUGAGCAGUUCUGAUGAAAACAGACGGUCUCGCCACUCUCGUCCACCAAGCCCUCAUUCAGCUAGAAUCUCUGGUACUCAUGACUCACUCAACACUUCAUGGAGUGAUUCUCAUGGAUCACAAGAAUCUCUUCCCCCUCUCCCACCAAGAGAUCAUUUUCCAGGAAACGAAAGACAGACUCGUUCAGUUAGCCUUGGGGGAGAGGAAGACGCUCCUCCUCCAGUGCUCCCCAAGAGGAUGGGCAAGAAGUGCUCGUCGCCUGCCAUGUUUGGGUCUGAUCAGCUCCUGGGUGAUGGUGUGGAUGGAAGCAGCAGUAGCGGCGGUGGCCUCAGUAACGGCUUUCCUGCCUCCACCCCUGGCACCCCUCCGUUGCUCUCACCGCGUAACCACCGCACUCCCCCACCACCACCUAUACCUCCCAAGUCAACUUCUACCCCACUCACUCCACUGUCACCACCCUCAAGCUUCACCCUCAACACUUCUGGUGAUGACUUAACACCUACCACACCAACUAAUAUAUACAUAGGUGAUAUAGAAAAUACGCAUCCCAGUCUUCACGAGAACUAUUCCGUGCCACCUCGACUUCAGCCAUAUCCUCCACCAUCUUCCUGAAUCUUCUUGUGCUUUUCCCUAGAAGUGCUGGUGUUCGCAUUUUGAUGUGUUGGUAUGGUUUCUAUUUGGAAUUACUCACAUAAUUCUGUUUUAUUUUCAACUGUGUAAUUUGAUUUUAAACCCAGAUAUGGUAUCAUAUUUAUUUAGGCAUGCAUAUUUGGGUACAAUUAUAGUAAAAAGUUAUUGUUCACAUAAAAUUUCAUGAAUUCCAUUAUUUGUUAUAAGCUUAAAUCUAGUGACAUAAAAAAAUCUAAGAAUAAUUUAGACAUGUAUACUUAAGUAAAAAGAAAAAAAAAUCAUAUCAUAUAGCCAUAAUGUAUGAUGUUAUAAUUAUCAUUUAUGUGAGUACACUCAAUAACAUACACAGAAAACACCUUAUUUUCCUUCCAUAACAAAAAAUAGACAUACAGCCUCUUUGUCUGUCUUUGCCUCUGUCUGUCUCUUUCUCUCCCUCUUUCAUAAUCUCAGUGUGUCUCAGUAACUGAAUUACAGUCUCAGAUUCAGUCUCAAUCUCUCACAUUCUCAUUCUCAUGCACAUAUUGUACACAUCUGUAUUUUAAUCAUACCAAUACAUGAUUACUUUCUGUUUCUCCCCAGGAAAGUGUUUGUGAAUGCAAAUCUUACUGUUUUUCAUCUGUGGUCAACAUCUUGCCUUCUCUGCUUCCAUUUUAUAUAUGAUCAUACCCAAUCAUCCUAAAUCUUGCUCCACAGUUGAAAUCUGACCAACUGUUGAGGUUUCAAUGGAGUCUUGUCCAUACUUAUUCUAAUGUUCUAAUUUGAAAAAAAUAACCAUGUUGGAAUAACUCAAAAGGAAUCAAAACCUGAUCUUGAGAAAAGGUAUAACCUACCUUGUCAAGUUGACUUCAUGAAACUGGAUAAAGUGAAGCAUGUGUAUGGUUACAUAUUUCAUUAUAGAAUAUCUUUUGAUAAGUAGGUUAUGAAAGGAACUGAAAUUAUAUUGUUUUUCUUAUCAUGGCCUAUUAUUAACUGUAUGGACAAGAUGCUUGUAUUGCUUAGUAGACUGGCUGUGUCUUAAAUCUUUGUCUUUAUUUUAUUUAAAGUGAAAAAAGCAUAUCAGGAUGAUUUUUACUUUUUUUUUCUGGGAAAAAGAUGUCCGGUAAGAUAGUUUGCACUAUCAGUCUCUGACUAGAAUAACAUAAGUUAAAAAAAAAUCAAUAUAUCAAAAGUACAAUUUAGCAUUAUGACAGGUAAUACUGAUAUUCUUCUGACUACAUUUUUUAUUGUUUUUGAUCAGAUAACAAUUAGUGAUCAAGAUGAGCCAACAUGUGAUUGAUGCACAUGCUCUGAAAAUAGCAAUAUUUCAAUCAGACAAUAAAACGGAUCUGAAGGGGAAAAUAUCAUUAAUAAUCAUUUAGACUUCAUUGAUGCAAGUCUGGUCUACAUAUCAUGUCAGCUAACUUUGGUUUGGUUAGCUUUAGUGUGACUAUUUACUCUACCAAUAUAAUGGCAUCUAGCUGAUCCUCAAUACUGUUCUGGAUUAGAAUGGAGUGAAUGUAUAUGAUAAGGUGUUCUUUUUCCUUUGUCCUCUUUUUUAUAUGUGAAAUAGAAAUUUAACCUGCAAGGAAUCUGUAUAAAAGUAUAUAUAAUAGAAGACUAAUUUUUGCAUAUUACAUAGUAGUGAUAUAGAAAAUUAGAGGCUUUUGAUAUUGUAAGUUGAUGCUUAGAUCUUGAAGCUAUUUAUUCAUACAUGUUAGACCAUCUGAUUCUGUUAAGAACUGUAUUUACGUCUAGUCACUGCCGAAGACAAACUUAGGCUGAAAUUAUGGCUAGUUUAGUUAAGCCUUAGAAAUGCUAUGAUAUUUUGAGAUGACAAAUACUGAAUACUAUGAAUGAAAUGUGAAUGGAGUUAUGCAUUUGUUUACUGUUACUUUUUUUUUUGUUUUGUUUUUUGUUGUUUUGAAAAUCUUUUUAUUAUUAUUAUUAUUAUUUUUUACCCUUUGUUUUCAGUAUGACCUGUAUAUACUUGUGUUUCAUUGAUUUAUUUAUAAAUAAUUUUUAAGAUAGAUCAUUCAUAAAGCAUUUGUUUAUUAGGGUUUCUCUAAGCUGACAACAAUGAUCUGAUAAAGGUGAACUGAAUCUGGUUUCAAGUUAAGUUUGUUUUUUCUUUAUACACAAGAGAUUGUGGCCACUGCUUUGAAAUAGCUAGUGCCAUACUUGGUGUUGAGUGUCUGCCGGUAGCCAUGAGCUAUAUCUUAUAUGAUCAAUAGUUUGCCGCAGUAGUACAGGUUGUCAAUACAAAUACGAUGUACUCAUGGUGUAGACCUUACAGUAUUUUGUAUAUAGAGGAAAAAUAAAAGGUGCUCCAUCUUGCCUUUAGAGAUUGUCUUUAGGAAAGCAUUUUCAUUUGUAUAAUAGAUCAAAAUGUAUAGUUAUCUAACUUUUAUGUUAUGAACUGCAUGUGAUGAUAUAUGAGUAUGCACUGUAUACUAUAUUAUUUUAUAGAGUAGUAUUAAUAUCUGUAUUGUCACUAGGAAAUAAUUUCAUGACUAUUUUGUUGAUCUUGAUAUGCAUUUAGCAUAAUACAUCUUCUAUUGAACUAUACUUCUUUUGUGUUAUUUCUGUAUCUGCAAUAUUGUAUACUUUAUUUUAAAAUUUAGUUUUUGUUCUGUGCAUUAUUUGAUGUUUAAAGUUUAUUUUUUGUGAUAAUCAUAGACUUGAUUUGGUGGAUGACAUUUUGUGUUAAUGUCAUGAUAGUUGUUAUAUUUAUUGUACAAUUUUGUUCUUUCUUUCUUCCACCACAAAGUGUAUGAAAACAAGGAGUGUGCAACUUUAUUGAUAUAGAAAUUGGAUUAUGAAUUCAGUAUUAACUUCAGAAUUUGUGAGUCUUGGAGAAAAUUUUGCCUGAAAAGAUAACGGUAAUAGUGAGAAGAAAAUGUAUCACAUAGCAAGUGUGAAAUAGAGAAUUUUCAUGUUGAAAGCUAACAGUAAAACAUUCAAGCACACACAAACAAAUGUCUUUGUGUACACCACUUUGUGUUUCUGCAUGCACACUGUUCAGUCACCCGAACACACAAACGCUCAUACAGUACACAUACAUGUAUGCAUGCAAGCACAUGGAUGCUUGAUCCACAGGUUAAUGAGCUCCCAUGCAAUACUGUUGAUUUUCCCAUUUUGUUCCUUAGAUGUUUCCUUAUGCUGAAGAACCGUAGACAACAUGAAGUGCUCAAGUAGCACAGUGCUGAAAACGUAAACAGUAAGAUUUGGGCCUAGGAAUUAAAUUUACUGAUCAAUCAAGGCUUCUUUCCUGGGUUUCAGUUUGUUAUGUUUGUCUUUUCAUGAAAUUUGGAAUAAGUUUUAGUGUCAGCUAUUGCAAACAACCAGAAAACAGAAAUUUGAAAAUAUGGUAGGGAACAUCAUUGUACAUGUAGGUAUGAAUCUCCGGUUGUAUGUCAGAAACCUGAUAUUAUUUUUUUUAUCAUUUUUUUUAUUAUGUGUGCUAGUAGGGGUACAUGAUGUGUGUAUGCUUGAUUAUAUAAUUCUUUGUACAUUCUGAAUAAUCUGUCUUGAUAUGUAGUCAUGUACUGGGAAGUUUCUGUAAAUAUUUGAUUAAAUGUCUUUCAUUGCAUCAUUAAGCCAGUAAUAAUGUAUAAGUCUAACAGUGGCCUAUUUGCUAAAAGUUAAUUUUUCACUUAGUAGACCUUGUUAAAAUACCCCACAGAUCAUUUUCAGCAACAAUGCCCCCACACAUGCUUGAAAUGAAAUGAUCCCUUCUCUUGAAGUGAUGGGUGCUGAUUGUUUUGAGGAGUUGCUCAAAGCACAACAUCAGCCAUUCUCUUGAGACAUUUACAGCACAGGAAAUGCCAAAGAAAUCGUAGCUUUUGGUCUCUAGCUAACAUCACCACAGCUUUAUGUCUUUUUUCUCGCACACAAGUUUUUCAGUAAGUGAGUACGAGGAAUUAAUUGUACUUUAUUUAACUUUAGAUUACAGAUAGCUUAUUUCCAUAUUUCUACAAUUAAAAAUAAAAAAAUAAAAACCAGUGACAUGGCUGUUUAUCAUAAAGUAACUGUGGAGCAUAUUAGCCACAUUAAAAUGAAAAGCAUGUGAGUGUAUUCAAUAUAUAUUUUUUAUCUGAAGAUAUUUUGCUAGUUUGUAUGUUGCGAUCUAUAUAAUAGGUUAGUCAUUUCUUUAUUUGUAUAGAUAGUUUGUAUGCAUGUACAUAGGUAUGUAUGUAUUGAACACACAGGUAACAACCCUUUAACAUCUAUGAGUAUAAAUAUAUCCAUACACAACUAAAGCUUUCCUGUUACAUUUGUGCUGUUUGCAAAACUCACUGCAAGUUAUAUUUCAAGUCACCACAUGCUAGAAAAAUGUACUUGAAUGAAUCAUAUUGACUUGACAUUUGAUACAGUAUAAAUUUGAUCAUUCUGGGUUAUGCAUGUUGCAGAGAAUUUAUAGCAUCAGUAUGGAAUAAAUUCCUUUAUUAACCCACUGUUGCUGGAGAGGGCAUUUACAUACACGCCAUGCCCACUGUGAGUUUAGUUUAUUAAUUGUAUGUAAGCAUAGAUUGCUCCACAACUGCAUAGCCACCAAGGAGACAAUUACUAAUUCUAACCAUUUCACCUGCUUACCUUUUUCCUUGGGGUUUUGAAAAUACUCUCUUUAUUUUAUAUUGCUAUUAGUAAUAAUUAUAAUGCCAAUGAUGAUUAUAAUAGUAUCAAUGCUAAUAGUAUUAGGAAAAAACGAUAGUUUCCUGAAAACUCAAGCCAGGGAAAAUCAGGUGAGGUGGCGUAGGUCUGCUAACUGACUCCUUUGUGGCUUUGCACUUGUGGUCGCACUUGUGGAGCCAUCGAUGUGUAAAUUCAUUUCAAACAAGAGUAUUAAAAUGAAUGUUACAUGUUCCCAGUGGCAUUGGGUUAAUCAUCAUGUGAACAUAGUGCUGUCAAAAAUAUGAUGAAGAUUCACAUUGACUUUGCUGAAGACGAGUCUUAAUCAGUGGAAGAUACUAGCAUUAGACUCGCGUGAAUUGCACACAUAGAGGCCAUCUUGACUGCAGGUACCAAAUAACAUUGAUCUUCUUUCGUCUAUAUUUCUUUUUGUCCUUUCGUAUAUGUGUUAAUAUUUUUGUUUAUUGUUUUUAUGGAGUAUAAUGUAUAGAAAAUAUAAAGAAUUGUGUAUAUUAGAAGUAAUUAUAUUAA